CACAGGAAACACAACCUCAAACGGACCUAGCAGGGGCUUUCUGCUGAAGGACACUGCUUAGCAUUGAGAACAGUUCACCCCACUGCCUUACGGAUUACCAGCUGUCAGACGUCUCUGCAAUGCCGCCUCGGGAACCCCUCGCAGGACACCAGCAUCUCAGCACGGGACCUUGUGCACGGCCGCACUCUUCAGGCUGAAUUCAAGAUCCCACUUAUUCGUGAGGCACCAAGAACUAUGAACAGACAGGGCAAGAGAAGGACAACAAAAGAAGCUUCCAGUCAUUUGAAACUCCAGGACUUCGGUCUGCCAAAAAAUAGGUCAUGGCCUCGAAUCAACAGUGCCACCGGCCAGUACCUGAAUACUGAGGAGCCUCCUCCCUGUGAAAGAAAGUCUGCUGCAACGGGCCUGGAGGGAGCAAAAGACCUCAGAGAUGGCGACUAUGAAGACCCAGAACUUCGUAUGGUAGAGGCAUGGCGAACGAUAAAAAUUUUACCAGCCAGGCCUAUAAAGGAAUCUGAAUAUGCAGAUACGCGCUCUUUCAAGGAUAUGAUGGACACUCCCUUUUCCUUGGACGCCCAGCCCUCCGUCCCCACGGAGGGCCAACACUGGCACACACGGAUGGGGCUGGAAGAAGUGAACAAACAAAUUUCCAAGGAUUCCAGAAGCCAACACGUUAAAGGAGACAGACCCGCAAAGGAAAGCAAGACUCCUUUCCCACCUCCUCGGCCACCUGGCAUUCUUCCGAAGAAGUACCAGCCCCUGCCGCCCCAGCCGGAGAGCAGCUGGUCACCCCUCCCUCAGAGGCUCGCCUUUCCCGACGUCCAGAGAGAACCCAGACAGAUAAGCUUAAAGGACUUACAUGAGGUCCUCGGAACAGAGAGAGUCCCUCAUUGCCAGAUGAAGCCUGAAUCGAUUCACCUGUCACAAAAUCAAAGCACUCAAGAGACUCCUCUUGCCAUCACCAGCUCACCACUCGUGAUGAAAAACCAAAGUGCACAAAACAGAGAUCAUAAACACAGCACCCAGAUCCAUCCUCCCCAGAGAUGUCAGUCUCCAGCCCGCUAUGGCCCUCAGGAAACUUUGCCGCACUGUAAAAACACAGGCUGGAGAAAACCUUUCCCCACAAGUUCUGAUGAAAAGGAUGUCCCGCAAAACAACUGGUACGUUGGAGAGCACAGUCGCCAGGCAGCGGAAGAGGCAUUAAGGAGGGAGAACAAGGAUGGCACUUUCUUGGUCCGAGACUGUUCCACGAAAUCCAGGGCAGAACCCUACGUUUUGGUGGUGUUUUAUGGGAACAGAGUCUACAACGUGAAAAUCCGUUUCCUGGAGAAGAAUCAGCAGUUUGCCCUGGGGACAGGACUCAGGGGAGACGAGAAAUUUAAUUCGGUGGAAGACAUGAUCGAACACUACAAGUAUUUUCCCAUCGUAUUAAUUGACGGGAAAGAUAAAACUGGAAUCCGCAGGGUGCAAUGCUACCUAACACAGCCGCUCUCCUUCAGCAGAUGCUUCUCGCCGUGGUAG